AGCCUCUUUCUCUCCGAGUUUCAAUCUCUCCCUCACAAGUCUACCAGCCACCAAAAGUUGGCCAUGCAACACCUACAAACGUGUCCUAAACCUCCUCCCAACCAGUCCUCCAAUGGCUUCCCUUCUCCUUCAUCCCUAAGACACACAACAGUACCAUCCCCUCUCCCUUCCAUUAAGGCAGGAUGGCCUCUUCUCCAUCCUCUCCUUUUGGCCUCCUGACCUUCUUCUCCUUCAUCCUCCUCGUCUCCGCUAUCCGCAUCGAUAUCAUCCGCAAACCAUCAUCAUCCCCAGCCGUCCCCAAGUUCCGUGAAGCCCCGGCAUUCCGCAACGCCGAUGACUGCCCACCCUCCGGCCACGUCGACAUAGUCAUGACACUCGAUGCCAACUACCUCCGUGGCACCAUGGCCGCCGUGCUCUCCAUGCUACAGCACACCUCCUGCCCGGAGAGCGUCCGGUUCCACUUCCUCGCCGCCCGGCCAGAGCCCGAGAUCCUUUCCAGCAUUCGCUCCACCUUCCCUUACUUAGACUUCAGAGUGCAUCGCUUCGAGUCACGCCGUGUGCGCGGCAAGAUCUCACGUUCCAUCCGGCAAGCUCUAGAUCAACCACUCAACUAUGCCCGUUUCUACUUGGCCGACAUGUUGCCGGCGGACGUGCGCCGUGUGAUCUAUUUAGAUUCAGAUGUGAUCGUUGUCGACGACGUGAGGCAGCUCUGGGAGGUGGAGCUUGGGGACAAGGUGGUGGCGGCGCCGGAAUAUUGCCAUGCUAACUUCACCAAGUACUUCACUGAGAGCUUCUGGUCGGACCCGGAGCUGGCCGGGACUUUCAAGGGGAGACGGCCGUGCUACUUCAACACAGGAGUGAUGGUUAUGGACGUGAAGAAAUGGAGGGAAGGGGAGUAUACAAAGAGAAUGGAAGAGUGGAUGGUGGUGCAAAAGCAUAAGAGGAUAUAUCAUCUUGGAUCUUUGCCACCUUUUCUAUUAGUCCUUGCUGGAGAAAUCAAGGCCGUUGAUCAUAGAUGGAACCAGCAUGGACUUGGUGGGGAUAACAUGGAAGGGAAGUGCAGGCACCUUCAUCCUGGUCCUAUAAGUCUUCUUCAUUGGAGUGGGAAAGGGAAGCCAUGGCUGAGGUUGGAUUCUAGGAAACCUUGUGCUGUUGAUCAUCUCUGGGCUCCUUAUGAUCUCUAUAAGUCUUCAUCAGUGUUCCUUGAAGAAUGAGAAAGAGAGACACAGAUAGAGCACAGCAUGUGAGGUUAUAGAGGAGAGGACACUAGUCCUGCUUCAUUGGAAAGAGGUAGGUUGAAUGGGAGAGAGAGAGAAGAGAGAGAGAUGGAAUUAAAGAAGAGAAGCAAAUCAAAGAGAAAUGGUGGUGUUUGUAUGUGCUCAUCUAGAUCUCCCCAAGUAGUUGUUGGCAUUGAUCAUUUGAAAUUGUCAAGGUGAGGAGGAGAAACAAAACUUGCUUUUAAUCAGGGAUGAGAUAUAUAUAUUUAUAUAAAUUAAAACAGACCACAAACAAGCAAGAAAACAGAC